UGGAGGCGAAAUAAAUUGCAUCGCUGAAGGCUAUGAUAGCAACGUAAACACGUAGACACCCAACUCACAAACUAAACUUUUUUCCUCGGUUUCUCCGCCGUUGUGUGUCUUUGUGUUCUCACACACUCGUUAUUUAUAUUUUUCAUCGGAACCCUUUCUCUCUAUAUCUCUUCGUUUCGUUGCUUCGAUCUCUUCGCCCAUUCCUUCAUUCGAUGGCGACCCUUUUCCAGGCUGCCACCGCCUUCGCCGCCACCACCAACAAACUCCACUUCCACUCCCUCUCAGAGAGGAAGGGACAAAUGUGGGUUGUCAGAUCUGAUGCCAGGAUGAACCAAUUCCUCCACAUGGGAGCUCAUAAGCCUCAGACUCAGAGCCUGCUUACUAAUGCAGUUGCAACAAAGGCAGACAGCUCUGCAUCAUCAAAAACUGGGCAUGAACUUCUCCUUUUUGAAGCCCUACGUGAAGGUUUGGAAGAAGAAAUGGAAAGGGAUCCACGUGUAUGCGUCAUGGGUGAAGAUGUCGGUCACUAUGGAGGAUCUUACAAAGUGACUAAGGGCCUGGCACCCAAAUUUGGGGACCUCAGGGUUUUGGACACCCCUAUUGCUGAGAAUGCCUUCACAGGCAUGGGCAUUGGAGCUGCCAUGACUGGUCUGAGGCCAAUUGUUGAGGGUAUGAACAUGGGAUUUCUUCUUCUGGCUUUUAACCAGAUCUCCAACAAUUGUGGCAUGCUCCAUUACACCUCUGGAGGCCAGUUCAAAAUACCAAUCGUUAUUCGUGGACCUGGUGGCGUUGGGAGGCAACUAGGGGCCGAGCACUCACAGCGGCUCGAGUCAUAUUUUCAGUCAAUCCCUGGAAUCCAGAUGGUGGCCUGCUCAACCCCUUACAAUGCCAAGGGCUUGAUGAAAGCUGCGAUCCGAAGUGAGAACCCUGUGAUACUUUUUGAGCAUGUGUUGCUUUAUAACCUCAAGGAGAAAAUUCCAGAUGAAGAGUAUGUAUUGUCACUUGAAGAAGCUGAGAUGGUUAGGCCUGGGGAGCAUGUCACAAUUCUAACCUAUUCCAGGAUGAGGUAUCAUGUCAUGCAAGCUGCCAAGACAUUGGUGAACAAAGGGUAUGAUCCGGAAAUAAUUGACAUCAGAUCUUUGAAACCAUUUGACCUUUACACAAUUGGGAAUUCAGUGAAGAAGACUCAUCGUGUGUUGAUUGUGGAAGAGUGCAUGCGCACAGGUGGCAUCGGUGCUAGCCUUACAGCUGCUAUCACUGAAAAUUUCAAUGACUAUUUGGAUGCUCCUAUUAUGUGUUUAUCCUCUCAGGAUGUGCCAACACCAUAUGCAGGGACAUUGGAGGAAUGGACAGUGGUUCAACCUGCUCAGAUUGUCACAGCAGUUGAGCAGCUCUGCCAGUAGUUGAUGAAAAUUUUACUUCCAAUAAGGAUAUGGUUCUGGUAAAGCUAGCUAGAAUCUUCUUUACAAUUUUAUCAUUUCCUCUUUUUCUUUCACUUCUAAACCCCCCAUAACGAGUCCUUUUUAUUUGAUUUUGAACACCCUUUGCAUUUUUUUCAUAAAAUAUUUACACUUGUCCACUCAAUUUGAGGUAGUUUCAAUUAGUUUAUCUGCAUCAUAGUGGCUAUGAUUUUGUUAGGCCUAGAACUCUAUUUGUACUCUGUGUUGAACACACCGCAAUUCUUGUUGUAGGCCUAUUUUGAAAGAGUGAUAUUAUUCAUACAAUAUACUUCUAUAACAUUAUUCUUCUCUCUA